UUCCAUUCAUUCUUCUCCCGGACGUCGUCACAAUCGGUUAUUGCGCGCAAUGGAAAUAUUUCUACGACUUAUCGUGAUUUUCGUUAAGGCGGUCGCUUUAAUCAUCUCACCUCUACUGGAAGCAUUUGUUUAUCCUAGAAAGUCCAAGAGUACACUCAUACCGCCGAUCAGGAACCGCCUGCUAACUCUCAGCAUUCAGGAGCUGCGCAGUCGCCUUCGAUCUCGGCAGUUGACUUCGGUGGAAUUGGUGAGCGCAUACAUCGAACGCAUCGAAGUUGUGAAUAAACAUUUGAAUGCGGUGGUGGAAUCUCGUUAUUCGGCUGCUUUAGAGGAAGCUACCGAAACCGAUGACCUAAUAGCCAGUUGCGCAUCCACAGCGGAUGUGGAGAAACUCUUUGAAGAACGUCCACUGCUGGGACUUCCCGUGACCAUCAAGGAAUCAUGUGCCCUCGAGGGCAUGACCUUUGCCGUGGGCAGUCUGACCCGAAAGAGUAUCAAAGCCCAAGCCGAUGGUGAAGCAGUGAAGCGAUUGAAAUCAGCUGGGGCCAUUCCUCUGCUGAUUUCUGCCACCCCGGAAUAUUGCUUCAGCAUCGAGACGGACACCUUGUUGAAUGGCCGAUGCCUGAAUCCCUAUGAUUUCGAGAGGACUCCGGGCGGAAGUUCUGGUGGAGAGGGUUCUUUAAAUGGAGCUGGUGCUUCUCUUUUUGGAAUUGGCUCAGAUAUUGGAGGAUCCAUUCGCAUUCCCAGCUUGUAUUGCGGCAUCUUCGGACAUAAACCAAGUGGAGGAGUGGUUUCCGUGAAGGGACACUUUCCCAACUCCAAGGACCCGAACAUUGAACACUAUCUGGUGGAGGGGCCCAUGACUCGGUUUGCUGGUGACCUUUCCGAAUUACUCCAAAUAAUGGCGGGCAAAGAAAAUUCAGCCAAAUUGCGAUUGAGCGAACCCGUUCAACUGAAUCAGAUUAAGGUGCAGUAUGCGCUGGGCUUCGAUGGAAUCAAUGGAUGGAUGCAUCAGUCGGUGGAUAAGGAUAUACGAGGUGCAAUUUGCAGGGCAACGACUCAUUUAAAGACCAUCGGCUUGGAGGUGAAUAAGGCCAAACUACCCAACCUCGAGAAUUCAAUGGAGAUGGCUUUAUCUGGAAUCGCCGACCAGGAUUUAAUGGAUUAUCUAUUGGAAGACGAGGGUUCGGGCAAAGUCCGUGAGACUCUUUGGGAGAUUGUAAAAAGUGUACGAGGUCACUCGAAGUAUACAACCAACGGCCUGAUAUUUGAACUCACGCGUCGCAGCGGUGCCUUUAUGUCGCGAUCAAAGAUGAAUCUGUAUCUGGAGGAAACACGGGGAUUGAUUCGGGAGUUCGCAAAUCUACUUGGAGACAAUGGAGUGCUGCUCUUUCCCACGUUAAAUUUACCUGCGCCGAGACACAAGUGGUCAUUUUUAUCAUUAUGGGGCAUCGACUAUACCCUGAUGUUCAACGUACUCGGUCUGCCCGUCACCCAUGUGCCGAUGGGUCUAAAUAAACGGGGACUGCCCGUAGGACUUUCCGUGAUUGGGGCUCCAAACCAGGAUAGAUUGUGCCUUCGCGUGGCCGUGGAAUUGGAGAGGGCGUUCGGCGGAUGGAAGCCCCCAGUGCCGAAUGAUCUUGACAACUAGUCAUAACGACAUAUGAAAUAUAAUAAAAACUGGACAAUCUGCAGAC